AAUGGACAAGGAUCCUCAAAAACACUCUAUAUUAAAGUCCAAUAAAAUGGACAGACGACCACAAUUGCCGCCAGUGAAUGUCGCCGAACCGCUGACGGUUCGAUCGGUCCUCCAACUGUAUUUUAACACCUUUCUGGGCGCCAAUUUCGCCGAGUCUUUUGUGUUUCCAUUGGACGUGGCCAAGACCCGGAUGCAGGUGGAGGGCGAGGAGGCCAAGAAGACGGGCGCCAAGGUACCCAAUGCCUUGGCCACACUCAAAAGUAUGGUCAAGAACGAGGGACCCAAGACGCUCUAUGCUGGAUUUUCGGCCAUGGUGGCCCGGAAUUUGAUCUUCAACUCGAUGAGGGUUGUGCUAUACGAUGUCUUUCGGCGGCAGUUCAUUCGCGUGGACGAAAACAAGAAGGAAACCCUGUCCGUAUCCUCGGCCCUGAUGUGCGGCUUCGUCGCCGGUUGCAUUGCCCAGGCCUUGGCCAAUCCCUUUGACAUCGUAAAGGUGCGCAUGCAGACGGAGGGCCGUCGCCGCCAGUUGGGCCACAAGCCUCGGGUCAGCAAUAUGUUCAACGCCUUCACGGGCAUCUAUCGCGAGGGUGGCCUCCCCAGCAUGUGGAGGGGCAUAACUCCAAGCUGCCUGCGCGCCUGCCUUAUGACCGCCGGCGAUGUGGGCACCUACGAUCUGAGCAAGCGUUUCUUCAAAAAUCUACUCGAGCUGGACGAUGGCCUUAGGCUGCGAUUCCUCUCCUCCAUGUGCGCUGGUCUGGCGGCCAGUGUGCUCAGCAAUCCCGCCGAUGUGAUCAAAUCCCGAGUAAUGAAUCAACAAACGGAUGCAGCGGGCAAGAAUCUCACCUACAAGAACUCCAUGGAUUGUCUAGUGAAAACUGUCAGAGAGGAGGGGAUUCUAACGUUGUACAAGGGCCUGCUCCCCUGCUGGUUCCGCCUGGGUCCGUUCUCGAUACUGUUCUGGUUAUCAGUGGAGUUUUUGAGAGAUUUGGAGGGACAAACGGGGUUCUAAUUACUCCGGUAGCUCUCUAGGAACUACGGUAAAUCAUUGGACAAAAAAUAUGAUCUUAAGAGGUGUAACAGAGUAUCACAGAUCAUCAUCUUCAGUGGAAUUUAGAUGAAGUUAGAGAAUCGUUCGCAGUGGAUCUCUGCGUGUACGGUUUCUAACAUUUUAUUUGUAAAUUCAAUGCUCUUAGAAAAGUGUCUUCAAAGAUGAUAGACCCCAGGGGAAAAGAGGAUCUUUAUUUACUGGGAUAGUAGAAUUUAGAGGAUCAUCUGCAGAGGAUCCGUGUGUUUGUUUUCCAUACAUUUUCUCAUCAAAAUCGUAUAUGUAAUACUCAUAGAAAAAGUCUCCCCAUAAAAAUAUAAUGGAU